GCGGUAGUCGGUUGUGUUCAUUUUAUCGUAAACGCACGCAUCCGUUUGGUUUUUAUUCUUCGUACGUGAAGUUCGAACUUAUAAUAAUGUGAUUUUCAAGUGGUGUUUUUUAUGGAAUAACAUUUCUAAGACAAGAAAUAACCAUGACUCUCAGACAACUCAAGAAGAAAAAACACCUGCUCAAUUCCACAAGCCAAACGAUCACAAAAUAUACGGAUCCGCACGGAAAAGAUCGUUUCACGAAACUAGACGAUCCAAUAAAAGAAGAGCAGAGACCCCCCGUAUACAAUCCGGAAGAUUAUGCGUAUUGGAUUAGAAAAUGGGGAAAGAAAUCCGUACACGGUAUCGUGUCUUUGUAUUCGCAUUCCAGUAUGUCGGAUUUGGAGAGUCAUAGUUCUCGAAGGAGCUCAUUUAGAGACUAUAGAAACCCGAUGUUGAGCUCGUCCGGAAUGGAAAUGACGCUCAGGCAGUUCGGAACGGUCUCCGAACUUUUAUCCAAACUUAAAAGUGAUCUACGACUGGCGUAUCCUAGUUUCGUUCAGGAAUUCGUCGCGGAUCCUCUAGAUGGCGUAACUAUACUUCUGGAUCUUCUUCGGGCUAUCCAAUUGAGUCAAUCUAAUAACGGUCAGAUACAAAGCGCUCCGAAACUACCGCCGGCUGUUCAGCGCAGGACUCUGUUGGACGAAUUAUGCUGUCUACAAUGUUUGUUCAACUGUUGCACCAGAUAUUCCGAAUCAGUAAGGAAAUUGACAUCGACAUCGGCUGGUUUGUUCACUUUAGCAGUUUGUAUUAUGAGUAAUGUGAACAAAUCUAGAAUAUUGGCGCUACAAUUGUUGAGCAAAGCUUGCGAACCACCUACGAGUAAUCAUUCGGCGGUUUCCGAAGCUAUGUCGACGUUGCGAUUGAGAUUCGGAGAGCCUGUUCGUUUUCGUUUUUUGGUCGGGAUGCUCAGUUCGGCGGGAAGUCACGUCGAACUCCUUACUUCGGGAUUGAGAUUCAUUAACUCGUUCUUAAACACCGCCGAAAGCGUGCAGAAAAGAAUUUACCUACAAGCCGAGUUGGAACAGGCCGGUUUCGAUUUGGCAACUAUUAAAAAGAACGUGGGUGUUAAUGUCGAUGGUUGUGAAGCGCUAUUUAAAGAAAUGGAUACGUUCGAAAAGCAGUUCAUCGAUGUUGAAAAUCUUACAAUACGAACUGAAAGUGCAGAAAAGGAGAACGAUCAUUUGAAAGACAAAUUGUGCGUAUUGGAACGAAGGAUUCAGGUUUUACAAGAAGAAAAAGGAAUCUUAGUUUCCAUGGAUCAAUGUUUAAGAGACAAAUGUAGCGAACUUCGUGAAGAAGUCCAAUCAUUAAGAUCGUCCCAAACUCUAGAACGUCGUAAUUCAGAACCUACAGCCGAAGACGAAGGUAUAUCAUCAUCAGAACGCACCCCGACCCCCGAAACCGACAUACAACCAACGUCAGUCGUCUUUGAAAUGUACACCGCUCCGGAACCACAACGCGACAACGAAUCAGAAGAAGAAACGACCAUCGAAGAAGUCAUACAAGAAUUACAAGACAUCAUCAGUAACGAAGAAACCGAAGUUUACAACAGAGAAAAUUUAAAAAACACCGAAGAUAAAUCAACAUCCAUUCAUUUAGAUAUAACGAACGAAUACGAAAUAAUCCCUUCUAAUUUACAACCCGAACCUCCGAAAAAAUCGAGAAGCCUAGUCCACCUCUUCUUCCCUUCGGUCGAUUACGAAUGUAACACUAAAGAAAUAUAUUUCGAAGCCGAAAGUUUGACAAGUGACAGUUCUUAUUCGAUAGCGGAUCGUUACGAAGAAAAAUCCCCGCUGGAAUCGAAUUCGAAUCGAAAAAAAUCCGCCAUCUUCCCAGGGCAUUCGGUCGAAGUAUCAUACACGGAAAUUAAACAAGAAGAAACUAAAACGAAAAGUUUGGAUCGCGUUGACAAUUUUGAAUCGAUUAACGUCGUCGUGACUAAUAAAAAUCCAGCUUCGAGAUCGAAAAGCGAUUCGGGGAAUAUAUCAGGAACUUCUGUAUGUAGGAGUAUUUCCAAUGUGUAUGUGAAUAAUUCGAAGGACGUUUUACCAAAAUUCGAAUCUUAUCGAGAAGAGAAACACAAAAUGUUUUUACCAACCUACGGGGACGAAGUACUGUACUACUUUCCUAGAAUCCAGGAAAGAAGAUACAGUAACUCUUCCAGUUUCCUCAACAGGGGAUAUAAUAACGCUGGAUUAUAUUCAGGACGAACACUUAAUACUCAUCAAUAUUUUUCUAGAAGUAGAGAAGUUAUUGGUAGCGAUUGCAGAAGUUCGGGAAAAUUAACAGAUUUUCCAUCGGGGUUAUAUUAAUAUUAUUAAGUGAGGUUGAAUUUCUUGAUAGGUAAGUUUCAAAACGAAGUUUUUGUACAAAUUUCACUUUUAUUGCCAAAAACAAAUUAUUUCUCUCGGUGUACUUUUUUUAAGAACAAUAUAAUUUCUUUUUAUACAACAAGAACAGGUAAAAUCACAAUUAAUUUUUUACUCCACCGAUAAAUUCUCAAUAAUAAUUACUAAAUACUUAAAAUAUAUUAUACAACUAUAUAAAAGUUCAUAAAUAUUAAAAAACUAUAAAAAUAAAAGAUUUAUAUAGGUUAAGUUUGACAUUUCCAUAGAAAACAAAACACGUUUCAUUUCAAACUCGCAUUCAACUGAUUUAACUGUGUAAUACUCUGUCUUUUUACUUUGACGUUAAGGCGUUCUAAAACGCAGUGACAUUGACAGGUCAGCCAUUUCUUGUUUAUUAUCUCGUUUUUCAAUUGUGAUUUUUUGUUAUUUGCCGAUGUAAUAGGAAAAUGGAAAUAUUUUGACACUUAUACAAUGCCGUUUCUUUUGAUUUCCGACAGUGCAUUUAGAUGGUCUCAUCUGUUGGUUGAAACGGCAUGAAAUGGAAAAAAUUAUAAGGUAAUUAGCUCAGCACGUGAUGAACUAUUCACAACACAAAAGUAAUUAGUUUGACAGAAUUUUCCUAAUAUUAAGGAUUUAAAAAUGAAAAACUCGCCAGUGUUAACAAAUACAAAUCGAGUGAGAUUUUGUACCACCUAGCAAAGAUGGCGGAACUGUCAAUAACGUCAUUCUAGAAUGAUCCAUUGCUUUGAAAAUUGCAAAUUUAUUUUUUGUUGAUUAAUUAUUUCUAAUGUUAAAAAUGUAUUAAUAUAAGUAUCUAUACUUUGAUCUUUUGUUAAAAUUAGUUCGAAACGCUUGUAAAUAAAUUUAUAAAAUCGAAAAUUAAUUUUUGUCCACCUAAAUGAGAUACUCGGUAUAAAAAUUGUGAUUAUUUGUAUAUAUUCAUAGUCGAUAGAUAAUAUUGUGCAAUAUUAUGUCUUAUUUGUUUUAGUAAAUUUUCAUUCGAAUUCUAAGACAUAUUUCAUUAUUUGUUUCUACAUACCCGAAAAUUCUUAAUAAAAUAUAAGUAACUAAUCACAAAUUCUGGAAUAAUUUCUAACAUUUUAAGUGUCUUUAAGCCCGCUUGUACACAGUAAAAAAAUUAUCACUCACAAAAACUUAUGUUCAUUCUCUCGACGCGACGCGAACUAGGAAAAAAAACUUUUCUGAUCUAGACACCAGACACUGUGUUGCCAGGUGCAUAAAUGAGCGGGAAGUUACGAGAUUCACUGAUACCAACUUCGGGAGAUUUCUUAUUGAAUUUGUAAGUUGUAAAAUUUGCAUUGCAUUUUUUUAAUUACACUAUUCUUCA